GCGAGAGCUUUACGCGGUUCCGAUCCUGGCGUCGAUUGCCCCUGCGAACUUUUUUCUCGGCGGGAGCAAUCGCACUUUCUUGUUUACAUACUUACACCAGCCGCGGCAUGCGAUGUUUGAAGGAGCAACAGCGCAUUUUAAUCGGGCGGACGGGAAGUGAUAGGGAGAUUAUGGUGAUAAGGAACUGCUUGUUAUUCACCGAGCGACUCCGUCGAUGUUUGAACACAGUCCUAAAGUGGUCGCGGCUCGAACACGGGUGUACAGGACAUGACUGCGAUUGUUAUGUAACUUCAAAAACGAUUAAUAUAGCGAUCGAAUUUUUCGUGUCGAUCGUUUUUCUGAUUGGUGACAGUUAAAUAAAGAGAAGAUGACCUCUGCUGGACGUGGGCAAUAAAGUAAGCCAAUAAAAAUGCUAACCCCCCAAAAAAAUAGAUACGCUAUUGGCAACGGCUUGGGAACAGUUGAAGUACACCGCGGGCAUCAGUCAGUCAGUCAGAGUUUUGAGAGUAAGGAAGUCAAAGGAAGUGUUGCUGAGCCGGGGGCUCUUUACGCACCUUUAUAACGCUAUGUUUGCGCUCUCAAAAAACGUCCAAAACUGAAAAUGAUGAAUUUUUUUCCCCCCUUACAUGGCUCGCCUACUGUACCAAAGAGGAGAUAACCCGUUUUUGCGUCAUUUGUUUACCGUUCUCCAGUAGGCGAAGCUUUUUCUUUGAAUAUUCGUGAUGCUUCUGAAGUUCGUCGCAAUGCAAAUGUUUGUUCGUUUCGUAACACCUAUGCUUUUCUUUUUUAAUCGCAUCUUUUUUGCAGGUUCAUCGCACAUAGGAAAGAAAUGUAACUUCGCGAGAAUAUGCUUCGUAAGGCAUGCCUCUUGUGAUAAUGACAACAUUUGUAGGUGCAACCCUGAUUAUCCCAUCCAAAUAUCAGACAACAAGUGUGCAAAAGAUCGGCGCCACCUAGAAUACUGCACGGAUACAAAGGAAUGCGCCAUGCACGACAAGAACAUGUACUGCUCGCUCACUUCCUCACAGAGCCGCUGCGAGUGCCACGACGGUUUUAUUUUCGAUGCGGACCGUCAGGAGUGUGAACCAAUUGAAGAGAAUCGCACAUCGCAUGACAUCCUGCUUCCAAUGGCGGUGGGGGUGUCGGUGGCACUUUCAAGCAUGCUCUGCUGCUUCCUCGCACUGUGGCGUCUCUGCAACCGAGCGAGCAACGGUCGAGGCUUCUUGGGCGGCCUCCGCAACCGCAGAAGCCACUCCAGGGAGCCCAGGGAGCGUGCCUCUGCUCCCACCCACGAGUCCUCCUGGAGCUCGGACACCCUGCCUUCGUACGAUGCGGCCGUCUCGCUCAAGAGGCAGUCCUCGUCCCAAGAGGAUCCUCCACCGCCUUACAGCGAGGCAAUCACCUUCCAAGCAGCGCCGCUCUCGGAAACAAAAGUCUGACCAACCGACGAGCCAAAUGGAAAGAGGAAAAGGUGACAAAGACUCGCAUCAAGCCGUCUGCAAGGCCGUCUUCCGAGCACUCCGCUGCCCGGCACCGUGGCCGAAAGCAGAUUACCAAGCACAGAUGAAGAAAAGGACAUUGUCUCGCUGUGUAAGGAGGAAUAGAAAGGCUACCCCAUUCUCCUCGGGAGAGCGUAGAGGUUGGUAUGUCCUCUCCUUCAGCCACGUAUGGCUGCAGUCAUGAUUUGAAAGGUACCAGUAGGUUGGAUAGCCUCGAAGGUACCUGCUACGUGGUGCCGGCGAAGGAAAAGUAGAGUCCGUCUGCACACAUAAGGACGUCAAUCUCGUGCUUUGGUCGUGCCUAGCGUCGACAUUGAGGACCACUUGCAGACAGGUAAUGUGCCACACUUGGCGACUACCUUUUUGACAAACGGUCACUCGAGUGGAUUGUACUGCUAGUUUUUUUUUAUAUGUUUCUCUACAAAGCACCUGUUUCAUUGUGCAGCUUGAGUAAUCAAGAAUGUUCCUGCAUUGCCUCGUGACAUAACUUGCCGAGUAUGAUCGCGUAAGCAUUCGCACAUCAUAGUCACGGCAGAACAUAUUUAUUUUUUUACGCGCUGCAGGGCGCAGAUGUAGUUCCAUGGUGGUAUUUUGAUACGUAGGGCUUUUUUUGUGUGCGAGUGUGUGAAUUGCAUGCUUUUCAUGACAUUGAUUGUGUGUGUCUAACAGGAAGAAAUGUUGCAGAGUCUAAAUGCAAGGUUGUAUCUUUUUGGUAACUACUACAGCACGUCCCUGGGGUGAGGCAAGCUUAAAGUACAUUUCAUAAAUUAUCUGUUACAUUUUAGGAGUAAAUUAGUUAUAUUAGGCCAGUGGUUUUCAAGCAUGGAUGUAUCAGGGACCGACCAAAGUGAUGGGGGAUCCCAUGCCAACUGGGGGAGGGGGGUAUAAAAUAAGACUUGCGGUGUGAAAAGGGCAUCCCCUACUCUCAGAGACAGAAGUGAGAAGCAUCAAUAAAAAAAAAAAAAAUGAAUGGAUGGAUGGAUAGACUGUAACUGUUGUACCUUUUAUAACGAGCAGUACCUUGGAUCUCCUAACCAGGGUAAACAAAGAACAAUUUUUGUUUUCUAGAAAAGAGAGGAGGGUGAGGUGGGAGAGAUUGAGGGUUGAGGUAAUGGCUUCCCAGACCCAAAGAGUUCCUUCGCUGACUUCAGUGGGUCCACGGAACCCCAUUUGAAAACCGCCAGAGUACUAGACUUUCAAGACUUAAUGUUGCCGAACAACAUCCAAAGGUUUGAUGGCAUCCUCAUGUGUUUUGCUGCACUUUGCAGGGAAAGGGGCAGCAUGUGGUGACAGGUAACAGUCAUGUUGAGUAUGUUGCUGAAUACUACAAAAAACUAAGCAAGGGUCCAUUCAAUCUCAUGAAAUAACUGUGACAAAAUGCAGGUAUGGGCAGGUUUUUGAGUUAAGCCUAUGUACUGUGUUAUAUACUUCGCUAAUUCAGAAUUUUCGGAGAAGCAAAGCUUGGGCAUUUUCACAUGAGUGUAUGCUCGGUAUCAAAGCAUAAAAUGUUUUUUGAUGACACCCCCCAAUCGCAAAGUUUUGUCCGUCCAUUCAUUUGUGCAAUUCCUGCUAAAUUUAUUGGGGAAAUUUACAUCACGUGACAGAACGUCACAGGACCUAUAUACCAAUUCAGUCUCCACAUUAAAUUUUGCGAUAAAAUUUGCGUCGCAUGACCUAAACACCUUCAGUUUCCCUGCUAAAUUUAACGGGAAAAUUGACAGCCCAUGACCCAUGCACCCAGUCAGUUGCCCCACUAAAUUUAGCAGGGAAAUAGUUAAAAGGUAGGUUUUUCACUCCCCAAAAUGAUUGUUUCAUUUGUUCUUAACAGAUUUAGACUAUAACCCCUUAAAUGCAUUUUGUGCAUCAUAGAACUUUGGAGAUAAAGGUCACUGCCAGUUUUUUAUUGUUCGUUCAGCUACCAUCUUUUGUGCAAGGUUAUGGGCAGAAGAUCUUUAAAAGGUGAUUGGAGUUAUCACCUGCAACGUUGUUGCAAGUUACUACCACCACUGUAUGGGUACUGUACUUCUGGAUAAGUAGACCUCUGGCAAAAGGUCAUUUUGGUAUCUCCAUCCACAAGAUUUUCUGUAUUCAUACCGGCAUCCAAUUUGCAAUCUACAAUUUUUUUUUUUUUAUUAUAAGUUUGGGUAGUAUUUUUCAAGCAAGUGUAUAUGUGUAAGCCAAAUCUUCCAGUGCCAUGCAUGUUGUGCACUGCCUUUACUGCAAAAAGUUUUAUGUCGAAUUUGCGGACAGUGGUGCUGCCUGAUCAGUCUGGGAUAAUUUGAAAAAUGUGGACUUCCAUAUUUUCGGCACGAGCCAUGGUCUCCAGCCAAGAACAUUGCAAACUACUAAUCCAGCUAAUCUCCCAACAGUGAUAGGACGUGUUUGCAGUGCAUUCGUGCGCAACAAUAAUCUUUUCAUUAAUGUGCUAGCCCAGAUGCACCAAUUUAGUCAGAUACCCCCCAUAUCAAAUUAAAUAUAGACUACAUGGCGAGCAGACUUAUCAUACUUAAAACUUCGACGCUGAUGCCAAACACCAAUGUUUAAAAAAAAUGGUAUGAAAAUCAUCACUAAAGAAGAAUGCUUCCAUGCUGUUUCUUUUCUUACAAGCCUAAUACAGCAGAUAGUCCUGCCUCGAAAACAAGUUAGUUUCCGCCACAAGAGCUAAUGGCGAGGAAUCCUAAGCUGGCCUGGCAGUGGCAUAUUAUUUACGUCGCUUACUGACAGCAAAGACUCGUCACGCUCCAAUAUCUGAAGGUGCGAGUUUUUUGGAAUUUAUUUUUCUCUUAGCUCGGAGCAGAAUUUCUUAUUGUGAAAUAUUGCCAUUGCUAUGGGCUAUUCUGUCGAGGGGCUGCAAACCUGGUUGGGAUAAACCGUUUAAGGCAGAUAUCUAAAAGGUUAAGUAGUUAGUUUUGGGUAACUGGUUCAGUGCAUACCGCACCGCACUGAUGCCCUCAUGUCAUUUCAUUUUUCAUUUCAUUUAUUUGGCUUGGGAGAAGAGCAGAAAGGCCGAAGGCCCAUACCAGUAAACCUGCAAACAAGAAAAAACAAAAAAAUGUCCAAUGUAGUUAGUAAUAUAAAUCCAAGGGAAUCAUUUACUUCAAAAUUAUUGUUGACAGUCUAAACUAAGGCUUCCUCCUUGUGCAAACAAAAAUGUCUCUGCAUCAAGCCACCGACUUGUAAGAUUUUAUGAUUGCCUCACUCUGUGGGACUCUUACUUUUACUGAAACUCAGUUUUCUUGUGUCCUCAUAAUGGCUUCUCGAACUAAAAUAGAGGUAAACAUUGAUGAACAUGAAAUGUCCUAACCCCUCUAAAUGUGUGUAGCCGCAUUCUACAUGUUCGUUGGGUACCAAAUUCUGGAUAUGCAGCAUUCCCACAGCUCGCAAUUAGAUGAGAAUGAUUUAUUUGCUGACAAGGGCAUGCCCUAUUUUGUCGUUGAAAUGCAUGCCUUGUUCUUUUCCUAUAAGUAUUGACAAUAUUUGGCAGACUUCUUUUUUUAAUGCUAUUAAUGUUCCAAUCAUUGUUUUACAUUUUGAUGUGAUUGUACGACAGGAUUUGUGAGAAGUAUGAAAUUUGUUUGCAAUUGUGAUGUGCCACUGCACAACAUGAUGAAUUUUUGUUUGUGAUUUACAUUCCGUGCACCUCAUUGUACUAUGAACUGUUUCUGACUAGAUUGUGCCCUCUCUUGUUCAAGGCCUUCAAAAAGGGCAGCAUUCCAGAAUUUGUAUACUAUUACAGAUUUUCUAUUGUGACACUUCACAAAAAAGGUACGUUAGUCAUGGCUAGCUUGUGUAAGACCCCUUGCCACGGCAAUGUUCAUAUGCUUCACUUCGACCUACCGUAUGUAGAUGCCAAAAGUGUGACUGUUUCUGGAAGUGAAAAUGUCAUGUUGCCAUUUUCUUGCCCUCUAAUGCAGGUCCCUAGAUCUAGCAGUUUACAUAAAGCACAUGGCAGAGUGGGUUGCAACUUUGUAAAAAAUUUGAAAUAUGGUGAACAAAAUUGGGACACUCAUUGUAUGCUAAUGCAUGUGUGAGUUCUUAAGAUACCAUGCUGAUGCUGCCUUGUAUUUAGUGCGGUGCAUUGUCAGAACAUGUUUGUGUUCUGCUCAUUAUAUAUUACUCUUCUAGUGUGCGCACAGCUUUGGCGAUUAAGAUCCACACCGAGGCUAACCUUGCCAUCUGUUUUCCGCUCUUCUGCCUCCCUUCCUGAAGUGUCAAACAAUCUCUUUUUUGUUGUAUAUUGGCAUGAGAAAGCUCUGAUCAUGUCUAUGGUCACAUUUAUCACCUUUUUUUCCCCCUUUGUUGCACAGCUAAGGGACGGACUAGUGCCUUUGUUCUCACUGCUUACCUCAGUCGGUUUGCCCUCGGUUUACACAAACGUUGAAACCUGGUUGUUCAUUUUAGACAGUCGCAGUUCCUAGCAUUGCCCUGCUGACAGUGGAAAUAAGUUGGCGAGCACAAUUUUUGCUGCAGUGCCUAGUGCUGCCCUUGUGCAAUGUGAAUGUAUGUACAUAUAGCGAGGACUGAACAGCUAAUUAGGUAAAAUAAUAGGCAAUUAUUGUUCCAAGUUCAUUGAUUGUGCAAGAAUCUCAUGUCUUGGCAUCGCUCAACAAUUGGAGCUGCAGCUAUUGUGGUAUGCUCUUGAGAAAUACCAGGCAGUCUGCUCCACGCACAACUUCAGUACUGCACAGGUCCCUCCUCUCCAGAGCUCUACAUCCUAGAGUUACUGCAUGAAUGGAGAGGUGUACACUUCUCCAUCCACACAGAAGUGUCCAACAGGACUACAAAAACGUGCUAAGGGGCGCAGUUUGGCUUGCCAAUGCUUUCUGCUCAAGGGACCAGUUGGCCAUCUAGCACUUGGUAGCUGAAAGCUACAUGUGCUUGCUUUUAUUAAGCUUGGAGUAUUUUUCUAUUCCCUGUAUAAGAACCUGUACGUUUGUACAUAUAGUGAACUUACCCAAAGAUCAAUAAACUCGAUUGCACAUAACACUUUGCUCAAACUUU